CACCGGUGCUUUUGUCGGUGAAGCUUAUGUUGGGCAGGGGUGUGUGGUUUUUUUCAGCCCCCUGACCGACAAAAGUUUUGCCGACAAAAGUGCUAGAGUAGACAAAGCCUGAGACUCGCAUGGCGGCAGCCAUUAGCACCUUUCAACGUAAUAAUAUUUUCAAUAUUUAUUAUUUUCCACUCCUUUCCUUAUACAUCACAACGUUUUGUUUCCACUCUAUGUUGAGCAGAGGUUUUGAUUCAACUGUCCAGUUACCCGCAGGUAUUUUUCCAGAUGUAAAGUUGAUUUAGAAUCCAGCAAUGUGUAUGAGUACUUCAAAGUAUCCCUUUCUAUGUACAGAGAAUCCCUUUCUAUAUACAUUACAUUGCAUUGAGAGACAAAGUGGGUGAGGGAAUAUUGGACCAACUUCUGUCGGUGAAAGACAAGCUUUUGAGCUUACACGGAGCUCUUCUUCAGACCUGAAGAAUCAUGGGACCAACAUAGUUACAACACUGCAAAUUACAUUACAUUGAUCAAUAGUGAUAAUCAUCUGCCCAUUCACCUCGCUUUCUAGGUCCUACACACCGUCUCUCGUCUUGACUUACCUAAAUAAUUGCGUGUCACUGCAAUACUUUGCCACCUUAUGGUUCAUUCCCGUUUCCAGAUCGUAAAUGAUGAUAUUAAAGGCACGAAUCCUUACAUGGAACAUUGUGGCUCCCUACUGUUAAUUUUUCACCAUCUUGAAAAUAGACUAUUCCUUCUCUUUGUUUUCUCUCUGUAAGCCAUUAUGUUAUCCUAAGGAGAACUUUACCUCAGAAGCCGCACUGGUGAACCACUCUCAUAACGUGGCCAUUCAUGUGUCUUACAGUUCUGUUUUUAAUUAUCAUUUCAACACGAGCAUCCCUCGUUUUUACUGCUUUCCCUGCCCCACCCAGUGCCACAAAUCGCAUCCACCAACCUUCCAGCCAAAGAGGACUGGAUGCAAUUCCGUGCCUGUCUUCACCAUGACUAGUCCACUACUGCAGAGCACCUUUAGUGGCUUUCGGGCACCACCUUUAUGCUUGUACCCUCUGGGACAAUCUGAAAGUUGUGACCUUGCUGCAUUGGCCACCCCACAAAGUGAGGUCGUUAGGUUGUGAAGUUGGGUGAGCUGGGUUGUUUCAAUGUAGCUUUUGGGAUAGGUAGAAAGCAGAGAGGGGAACCAUUUAAUUCAACCCCUGCCAACAAUAGGGACGCGCAGAAAACCGGACCCAGAUCCCAACCCUUCCUGGCUUUUCCCAUCCUUAAUGACAUCCAUCCAUCUCCUCCUCUCUGUAGCUGAGUGCACUGCUUCCUGUGUGCUUCCAGCCGCUGUUGGCCUGGGGAUGCUUCUCUCUUGUUUUGAUUGCAUGUGCAUGUGUCUCUCUCCCUGCAUGCAGAAUCUAUCCAAUUUCUAUCCAUUCCCCAUGACCGGAGCGCAAACGCCGCUGAACACCCUCCCCGCAUUAGACUUGUGCUCCCAGCGUUUGGUUGACCAGACAGCCCUGUACGGCGUGUGUAUGUUUGGUCUAGGUUACCAAGGCCUCGGCAGCGACUCCAUAGUUAAGGCUGCAUCGAAAUCUCUCCUUAAAUAUCUCGAUGGAGGUGGUGGAUGGUAUCUGUCUGAGGUGAUCUUCCCAGCGAGCGCGUGCACCGAUGCCCACACCCUCGAGCCAUGCGCCUGGGAGAUGUGCCUUCCUGGCAGGGGGAUGCUAGUUGACCUCUUCCUCCCCCACUGUCCACCCCCCGCUUCCUCUCCUUCACCAACUCCAGUUAUUAAGAAAGCAGAGCCGGAGGCAGUGCUGAGCCGGAGAUGCAGCAACUCCCUGCAUUCCUCCUUGGGAUUUCACUUUGCCAGGAUACAGUCUGGUAAAUUUGCAGCAGCCACCACGGAGAGAACACAGGAACCCCCCUUGGGCCCGCCGUGUCCCUUUGACGGAGCAUUCUGGAUUCAGAGACCCCCCCAGCAGGGGUGCUUUGCUGGCAUUCCAAAGCCUCCUGCCAUCCCACAAGCUUCGCCUGCCCUAUCUCCCUCUUCGGCUGUUUGCUACAUGGAGAACAAGAGCUGCAAAGGGGACAGCCUGCGGCCAGCUGUCCAGUGCAAACACUCUGUCGAGAAGAAGACAAUGACCAACCCCACGACGGUGAUUGAAAUCUACCCAGACACCACCGAGGUGAACGAUUACUAUCUCUGGUCCAUCUUCAACUUCGUAUACCUCAACUUCUGCUGUCUCGGCUUCAUCGCCUUGGCCUAUUCUUUGAAAGUCCGGGAUAAGAAACUCCUCAAUGACCUGAACGGAGCUGUCGAAGAUGCCAAGACAGCCCGGCUUUUUAACAUCACCAGCUCGGCACUCGCCACUUUCUGCAUCAUCCUCGUCUUCAUCUUCCUGCGCUACCCGCUCACUGACUAUUAGAGCAAGGCCAGCAGCCGCUGCCGAAAUGCCUCAGUGCCAGAAGUGUCCAUCGAAUUUCCUCCAGCAAGGACAUGAAACAACAAUCCAUCUUGAUUGCAAAAAAUAAAUACAAAGUAAAACCCACCAACCCACGCCCCUCCUCCCCCAACUCCCAACCCUGACUGGUAUUUGCACUUCUGUAGAAAAAGAAAUUACUUUUACAUUUUUUACAGAAAAAUAUUUAUUUUCAUGAUAAACAAAAGUGGGUGAUGACAAUAUGCAAAGCUUAGAACUAACCACAACAUGAGCCAAUAGCUGUGUAGCUAGAUGCUGCAACCAUAGUGGCGGCCGAGGAGUCAGAGAGAACAUUGUGUCAUCGAAGAUCCGCUGAUUAAAGUUACAUAAGCAGCCCAAGCGCUGAGCUGUGUUUUAGAUGGAAAACAGCAAAUAGCCCUAUUGGGAGAGCUGAACUCCAGAUCUACCGGGAAGUAUGUGCACUGAUUUAGAGCUCAAGAGAGGGAGGAAAAAUGCCUGCUACUGCAAGAUAAAACUGAGAAGUAAAGCAGGGCAGAUUCAGGACAUAUCAGAUGUGUUCAGGCUGCUACCACGUCCUCUCUCUCUCUCUCUCUUCCCCUCACUCCCUUGUAUAUUUUGUUCUUUUCCUCUUUUUAUACAUUUAUUCAUUGAAUUUCAUUUGAAGGCCAGACUAGUUUACCAUUCCCCGUCCCCAGAGAGCUUUAUCCUUGAGAGUUCAUAGUGGAGAAUCCUGAAGCCGCCCGAUAAACCCCAAAGAAUUAAAACAAAACAAAACUCCUCCAUGGAAUUUCCUGCAAAUGCCGAGAACGUAGGCAACCUUUGGAGAACUUGCAUAUAUCCUGUAUACCGACUCCUACUGUAUUUCUGUAAACUUUCAAUAAAGAUAAUACCUCUGCCCA